AUGUCAUAUAAAGUAGCCGCUUUUCGAACGAAGAGCCAUUUGGUGAGACAAUUAUCGGUUUCAACGUCAAAGCCUCGUCGUGUGAUAGCAAUACGAAGAGAAGAUCAAUCAGUAUGGGAGAGACGCGCACCCUUUUCGCCGGCUAACGUGAACAGGCUGGUGCGGCAAGGAGUUAAAGUCAUAGUGCAGCCUUCCAAUCGUCGUGCAUACCCGAUGCAGUCGUACCUAAACGCAGGCGCAAUAAUCCAGGAAGAUAUCAGCGAAGCGAGCGUGAUAUUUGGCGUCAAGCAAACACCUAUCGAUCUUCUUAUACCUAAUAAGACGUAUUGUUUUUUUUCGCACACAAUCAAAGCCCAGGAAGCUAACAUGCCUAUGUUGGAUGCUAUUCUAGCAAAGAAUAUUCGUCUAAUUGACUACGAGAAGCUGAUGGAUGAUGCAGGGAACAGAGUGGUGGCGUUUGGAAAAUACGCUGGUGUAGCUGGAAUGAUUAACAUUUUGCACGGUCUCGGAUUACGAUUGCUAGCUCUUGGCCACCACACUCCUUUUAUGCACGUGGGUCCAGCGCACAAUUAUAGAAAUUCAAGUAUGGCGCGUCAAGCAAUACGCGAUGCUGGAUACGAAAUUGCACUCGGAAUGAUGCCAAAGUCUCUUGGACCUCUAACAUUUGUGUUUACGGGCUCGGGAAAUGUAUCUCAGGGAAGUCAAGAAAUUUUCCAAGAUCUUCCGCACGAAUACGUACCGCCAGAGAUGUUAAGAAAAGUGGCAGAACAUGGCAGCCCAAACAAAAUCUACGGAUGCGAAGUACGUCGUCGACAUCAUCUGGUAAGGAAGAAUGGUGGUGGAUAUGAUAAUCAGGAGUACGAGGAACAUCCAGAACGAUAUGUUUCUACAUUUGCGCAAACGAUUGCGCCCUACACAUCCGUUCUCGUGAACUGUAUCUACUGGGCUGUGGACAGUCCGAAGCUUCUAACUAUACCUGAUGCCAAACACCUUUUCCUGCCUUCGCAUACACCAUGGCUGCCCACGAGCGUCGGAGCACCAGCUCUACCACACAGAAUGCUGGCCAUUUGCGACAUAUCUGCAGACCCUGGGGGUUCGAUCGAGUUCAUGAACGAAUGCACAACAAUCGAUACGCCGUUCUGUCUUUACGACGCCGACAGAAACAAGGAUACGAAGAGCUUCAAAGGUCCUGGCGUGCUGGUGUGCUCCAUAGAUAACAUGCCGACGCAGCUACCGAGGGAGUCUACGGACUUCUUUGGAGAUUUGCUGUUCCCCUAUGCAGACGACAUCAUGAAGUCGGAUGCCACAAAGCCUUUAGAAGAGCACGAUUUUUCACCGGUCGUUAAAGGUGCCAUAAUAACAAGCAACGGUAAACUGACACCUUCCUUUGAAUACAUCAAUGAACUAAGGAUGGCAAAUACUCGGUCUCGACACAAGGUGGGAGGUCAUGAGGAACAGACUCAUGUGCUGAUUCUCGGCAGUGGUCUGGUCUCAGCGCCCGUCGUAGAGUACUUGGCGAGAGACAAGAAUGUCGCGGUCACUGUCGCGUCGCAAGUAAGAGAAGAAGCGGAUGCCCUCGCCGAACGCUAUGGCGUUCGUGCGGAGUUCAUCCAAGCUAACGACGAGGCGGCGCUGCGGUCGCUGGCUUCGAACUCCAGACUCGUGGUGUCUCUGUUGCCCUAUGAACUCCACGGACCGGUGGCAAGGGCAUGCGUCAGUGCUGGCGUACAUAUGGUCACCGCGUCCUACGUGAGGCCUGAAGUCCAGGAACUACAUGAUUCCGCUAAAGAAGCGGGAGUAACGUUAUUGAACGAAGUCGGCCUGGAUCCGGGCAUCGAUCACCUUCUGGCGCUAGAAUGCAUACACAACAUACAGAAUCACGGUGGGCGGAUAGAUUCGUUCGUUUCCUAUUGUGGAGGCCUCCCUGCUCCUGAAUUCAGUGACAAUGCUUUACGAUACAAAUUCUCGUGGAACCCUCGGGGCGUACUUCUCAACACUAUUUCCAGCGCAAAAUAUCUGAGUAGAGGUCAGAUAGUCGAAGUUCUAAGCGGCGGAGAAUUGAUGUCUGUGGCUCGCGAUUUGGACUUCUUGCCCGGGUUUGCCUUUGAGGGCUUCCCCAACAGGGACAGCACAAAAUACGCUGAACUGUACGGCAUAGACGACGUGCACACAAUGUUCAGAGGAACUUUACGCUACAAAGGUUUUGCGGAGACCAUGAAAGCCAUGCAACUGUUUGGAUUAGUGGACCCCAACCCGCAUCCAUCUUUGCAUCCUGAGGGUCCGGCUAUUACCUGGCGUCAAUUUGCCUGCGAGUUACUUGGCCUUUUAGAUACGUCGAUCUUCUACGAGAAUCUCAGGACGCGGCUUGCGGAAAGAAUAGGCGUAUCGGGGGCUCAGGCACUCGAAUCACUGGGUCUACUGAGUGAUGACACAGUCGUCAAAUGUGGCACACCACUCGACACCAUCAGUCACUAUCUCGGCAAGCGUUUACAACUCGAGAAAGACGAGACGGACUUGGUGGUGCUGCGACACGAGGUGGGAGUGACGUGGAGCGACGGGCGGCGCGAGCAGCGCGAGGUCACCAUGGCGGUGCGCGGGGAGCCAGCGGGCCACACCGCCAUGGCGCGCACAGUCGGCCUGCCCACCGCCAUCGCCGCCAAGAUGCUGCUCGACGGUGAAAUCCAAGAUCGCGGCGUGGUGUUGCCGUUUUCGCCUACUGUGUACAAAUCUAUAUUAUCAAGGCUAAGGGCCGACGGUAUUACUGCGAAAGAAACGGCGGGUCGCGAGACCGGGCGGUGCAUGUCGGUAGCGGCGAUGCAGGCGCUGCACCGGCUGCGCGAAUGCCGGCUAUUAUGCGACGCCGUGGUGCGCGCGGACGACGGCGCCGCCUUCCCAGUCCACCGCGCCAUACUCUCUGCCUGUAGCCCUUACUUCUUGGCACUAUUUACAACCACCUUGCACUCCCGUGAACAAAGUGACGUGUUGAUAUCGGGCGUGCGCUCCGAGAUUCUGCUGCUUCUGAUCGAGUACGCAUAUCUGCGGCGCAUUGACGUGACGGACGCGAAUGUGCACGAGCUUCUUAUGACUGCUGACUACCUCGCUUUCCUCGGCGUGCUGCAGUUGUGUUGCGACCAUCUUCGUGCCUCACUCAAUCCGAGAAACUGUUUAGGAAUAAUGAUGUUUGCCAGACGGGUGUUCUGUUACAAACUGGAAGCUGACGCCCGGCGCUACCUUUUACGGUAUUUUGUGAAAGUUGCAACUCAGAGUGACGAAUUCCUUCACCUGCCACUUGACGAGCUCAAUGCCAUCAUACUGGAAGAUGAACUGAACGUAAAGAGCGAAGAAGUUGUGUGGGAUGCUGUGCUCCGAUGGGUCAACUUUGAUUCUGAUGAGCGCUGGCAGCAUACCGUUAAGCUAAUGGGCAGUAUACGUUUGGGACUAUUAGAUACACAAGUAGAAGAGGUUGACCCAGCUGGACCACGAGCAUAUCACGGCACUGCUGUACUCGGCUACUGCAUCUACGUCAUCGGCGGCUUCGACGGCAUGGACUAUUUCAACUCGUGCCGAUGUUUCGACGCUGUAAACAAAACUUGGCGGGAGGUUGCACCGAUGAACGCGCGUCGCUGCUACGUAUCAGUGGCUGUUCUGGGCGAGACAAUAUACGCGAUGGGCGGGUACGACGGUCACCAUCGACAGAACACGGCGGAACGUUUCAACCACCGUACCAACCAGUGGUCGUUGGUGGCGCCGAUGAACGCACAGCGUUCGGAUGCGAGCGCCGCCGCACUCGACAACAAGAUAUACAUAACGGGUGGGUUCAACGGACAGGAGUGCAUGAACAGCGUGGAGGUGUACGAUCCGGACACCAACCAGUGGACGAAUCUGGCACCGAUGCGCUCGCGUCGCUCCGGCGUCUCCUGCAUCGCGUACCACAACAAGAUUUACGUAAUAGGCGGUUUCAAUGGCAUCUCGCGUAUGUGCAGCGGUGAAGUCUACGACCCCGCAACAAACACGUGGGCCCCAGUGCCAGAUAUGUACAAUCCGCGCAGCAACUUUGCUAUUGAAGUCAUUGACGAUAUGAUCUUUGCGAUCGGUGGCUUCAACGGCGUCACCACCAUAUACCACGUCGAGUGCUACGAUGAGAAGACUAAUGAAUGGUACGAGGCGACGGACAUGAAUAUCUACCGUUCUGCGUUGUCCGCUUGCGUCAUCAUGGGUCUACCAAACGUGUAUGACUAUAUUCACAAGCACCGUGAGCGCCUUAUGGAGGAGAAGCGGCAGAAGAUUCUACUCUCGGAGACGGCGAGGCACGGUCAGCAUCGCACUCCGUUACCAGAUGUGCAUUUAAUGGAGGACAAUGAUGAUAUGUUGGAGCAGCUCGGCUUGAUGGAGCAUCAGGCCAACAACAACUUAGCGAUACCUCCACCGCCUCCACCGCCCUUACCACCGCAGCCAUUAGAACAGGACAGACAUUAA